AUGGGCGAAAUGGCUCGACAAGGAAAACCCCUCCAGAUUGAAGACUAUGGGCUCAUUGGGGACAUGCGAACGUGCGCCCUAGUUGGAAAGAAUGGGAGCCUUGACUUCAUGUGCUGGCCUCACUUCGAUUCCCCUUCCAUCUUUGCCAAUGUGCUUGAUACAACCGAAGGUGGGGGAGGGCAUUGGAAGAUCAGCCCGCAGAGCAGUUCAGUCUCUAAACAGAACUACCGAGCAUCCUCCAACCUUCUCCAAACGAAAUGGAUUGAUGAAGACGGCGUGGUCGAUCUCACAGACUUCUUUGCCGUGUCGAAGCAUAACAAAGUGCUGCGAGAGAAAUGGAGCGGGUCGACCUUGGUGAGGAAGGUGGAGUGCGUCCGGGGCAAGAUGUCCAUCGACAUUGAACUGUCUCCCCGCCCGGAUUAUGCUCGUGAUCAGGGUUCUAUGCGAGCCACGGAUGUCAAGGGCGAGGACGGCAUAUACCGCCAGACUCUUACUUGGACUCCCGAUGACAAGGAUCGAGAAGGAUCCUCAGACAUCCCAGAAUUCCACGCCACAUACUGCACACACGACCGGCCGAUUAGCUCACCACCCAAGAUGUUCCAGCCCUUCAAGCUCGGCGAAUCUGCUACCAGCGACAGCAGAACGCGAUCCUUCCGGGCUCGCUUCGAUCUCCAGGAAGGCCAACAAAUAUUCAUGAUCAUGUGCAAUCGUCAUGUGGCUCCACAUCUCACAAAAGACCUUGUGAUGAGUCUUGAGAACGACUCCUACAAGUUCUGGACAAGCUGGGUGAGGGCGUGCCUAUACCGCGGACGCUUCCAGCAAGAAGUCGAGAGGAGUAUGCUCAUCCUCAAACUCCUGACAUACGACCCUACAGGCGCAAUUGUCGCGGCGCCAACCUUUUCUUUCCCAGAGGCCAUCGGCGGACCGCGGAACUGGGACUACCGCUACUCCUGGGUCCGGGACUCGAGCUUCACGGUCUAUGUGUUCCUCAAGAUGGGCUUUCCCGCAGAGGCGGAAGCAUAUAUCAACUUCAUCUUCGCCCGCAUUGCGGAAUGGCGCAAAAAGGCCGAGGCGGCGUCUGCUGGAGAGACGCAGCACCUUCCUCUGAUGUUCGGCAUUAACGGCUCCACAUGCCUGCCUGAACUCACACUCGACCAUCUCAGUGGGUAUCAAGACAGCACUCCAGUCCGCAUCGGCAACGCCGCCACCGACCACGUCCAACUUGACAUCUAUGGCGAACUCAUGGACUCCAUCUACCUGUAUAACAAGCACGGCAAACCCAUCUCGUACGCCCAAUGGCGCGACAUCCGCUAUCUCACCGACUUCAUCUGCGAGGUUUGGACCGAACCCGACAUGUCCAUAUGGGAGGUUCGGGGCCGCAAGCAACAAUUCACGUAUUCCAAAAUCCUGCUGUGGGUCGCUGUGGAUCGCGCCCUUCGUCUCUCCGAGAAGCGGAACUUCCCAUGUCCCAACCGCAACAAGUGGCUGGAGACGAGAGACACGAUAUACGAGGAGGUGAUGCAGAAGGGGUUCAACUACCAGAUGAAUAGCUUCGUGCAGAGUUACGAGUCGAAUACGACUUUGGAUUCUGCCGUGUUGAUUGCGCCUUUGGUGUUUUUCAUGAGUCCGAAUGAUCCGCAGUUUGUGGGCACGUUGGAUCGGAUAUUGAGGACGCCGGAAAAGGGUGGACUUACGAGCGCCGGGUUCGUGUUUCGAUAUGAUCAUGAGCAGACCGAUGAUGGCGUCGGCGGCCGCGAAGGCACAUUCGUAAUGUGCACGCUCUGGCUGAUCGAAUCGCUCAUCCGCGCCGCAAAAUACGACCCCAAGUACCUCGAGCGCGCCCAAUCCAUGUUCGAAACAGUCACAAACUUUCGCAACCACGUUGGCAUGUUGAGCGAAGAAAUCGCCCUCUCAGGCGAACAGCUGGGCAACACGCCCCAGGCGUUUAGUCACUUGGCGUAUGUGUCUGCGGCGAUUAAUCUGGAGAGGGUCACCAGGGGAGAUUUCGAGGGCGGGUUUGGAAAGUAA